GGGUUCUCAACCGGUUCCCACAAAGUUGAAAAAGUAUCAAUUCGUGCCCCACUAUGGCAAGGACCAAUCGUUGACCUUCCUGGUGACUGGCAAGCCGAACGAGGUGAUCGAGGCCCGCCGCAAGAUUUUGGUGCACUUCCAAACCCAGGCGAGCAAGUCGAUCAGCAUCCCGCGGGAGCACCACCGCUGGAUCCUCGGCAAGAAGGGCGAUCGACUGCGCGAGCUGGAGAAGAUCACCGCUACCAAGAUUGUCGUGCCGCGCAUCAACGAUGAGUCGGACAUGAUCACCAUCUCCGGUACCAAGGAGGGCAUCGAGAAGGCCGAACAUGAGAUCCGCACCACGUCCGAUGAGCAGUCGCGCAAGGCCUUCGAGCGGGUUAACAUCCCCAAGAUUUACCAUCCGUUUAUUAUGGGAGCCCACAACGAAAAUGUCAGCAAGAUGAUGGAGGAAACCGGAUCGAAGAUCAACAUUCCGCCGCCGUCGGUUCAGAAGGAUGAGAUCAUCAUCACCGGCGAGAAGGAAGGUGUACUCCAAGCAAAGACACGCAUCGAAGCCAUCUGUAAGGAGAUGGAAAAGAAGUGUACCAGUGUAGGCGUUGAGGUUCCUCGGGCCCAGCACAAGUACAUCGUUGGUCCGAAGGGCUCCACCAUUCAGGAAAUCUUGGCGAUGACCGGCGUAUCUGUUGAGAUGCCGGCUAGUGACUCUCCCAACGAUACCAUCACUCUGCGCGGCCCCCAGGACAAGCUCGGAAAUGCUUUGAGCGUUGUGUACCAGAAAGCGAACUCCGUGCGUACAACUACGCUUGAGUGUCCCCAGUGGAUUCACAAGUAUAUUAUUGGACGCGAGGGUGGCCAUAUUAAGGAAUUCACUGCUCAGUAUCCCAACGUACAUGUGGAGUUCAACGAAGACAGGAUCAAGAUCGAAGGCCCGCCGGAUCAGGUGGAAGCUUCUUCGGAAGCGCUGGAGAAAAUGGUCAAGGAUUACACUGGGCGUUUAACCUUUACCGAAAUGGUGGUUGAUCCGAUCUACUGCAAGCACAUCAUCGGUAAGAACGGAGCCAACAUCAACCGUAUGAAGGAGGAAUACGAGGUCUUGAUCAACAUUGACGAGAAGGACUUGAAACCGAUCCGCAUCGAAGGACCGGCCGUCGGUGUUGAAAAGGCUAAGCAGGAGCUGCUUGAAAAGAUAGCGAAACUGGAAAAUGAAAAGGAAGAGUCGAUCGUUAUCGAUCAUCGUCUAUUCAAGACGAUCAUCGGUGCGAAAGGCGAAACGAUUCGGGAAAUCCGUGACAAGCAUAACCAGGUGCAGAUUAUUCCCGGAGCAACCGACAAGUCGGAUAUUGUUAAGAUCCGUUGCCCACGUGAAUAUGUUGACAGGUGCCACAAGUAUCUGACCAAGUACGUUAAGGAACUGCAGAAGAACUCCUUCGUGAUGGGUCCUAUCUUCAAGCAAUUCCAUAAGUACAUCAUUGGCAAGGGUGGAGCCAACAUCAAGAAGAUUCGUGAUGAAACCCAAACGAAAAUCGAUCUUCCAGCAGAGGGUGACAAGAACGAAGUAUUUGUCAUCACUGGCAAGAAGGAAAACGUUAAGGAAGCUCGCGAUCGUAUUCAGAAGAUUCAGGACGAACUAGCGAACAUCAUCACCGAGGAGAUCCAGAUCCCACCCAAGUACUAUAAUUCGUUGAUCGGAUCCGGUGGCAAACUGAUUUCUUCCAUCAUGGAGGAAUGCGGUGGAGUUUCAAUCAAGUUCCCCAGUCCGGAAUCCAAGAGCGAUAAGGUGGCCAUCCGUGGUCCUAAGGAGGAUGUAGAACGGGCUAAACUUCAACUGGUCGAGCUGACCAACGAGAAGGAACUCUCUUCCUACACUGCCGAGGUUCGUGCCAAACCGCAGCACCACAAGUUCCUCAUUGGCAAGAACGGCGCUUCCAUCAACGAGAAAGGUAUGAACAUGUAA